UCGAAUGGCAACGCUGAUUUUAUGAAAUCGUACUGAAAUGUGCCAUCUAAAUUUUCAAAAUUUAUUUUCCUUAUUAUGUCCUGAAAAUGUUUAACUAUCAUAGGCCACAAGAGAGUUUUCAAAUGAGCGGGUCACUAAAGAAAUAUGAAGAUGUAGUUGAAAGACUGUCAACGCCCACUUUCAGUUGUAGUUCAACUGAGAGAUUACCUCCACUUCCACCGAUUGUGAAGCCCGAAGUUCCAUCCUCACUUUACACUAUAGUCACACGAAAUGCUAUUCAUCCACCCUUAAUGAAUGCUUCUACCCUGACAAAAGCUUCGCCAUUCAAGGAACAAAAACACUGUCGUCCUCCAAGUCACUCCAUUGGAAACAAUUUUUCUCCAAAUGCUGCUAACUUAUCAAUGCAAAAUCUAACUAAAUCUGGUGAAAUAUCUAAGAUUCGAGCAAAGCUAACAAAGAAAAAAGAUGAAUCUAAGAGCAAGUAUGAAACGCGACAUGCCUCGGGCAUAAUCAAG